AUGGCCGCCGCCGACAUUCCCACCCUCCGCUGGGGCAUCGUAGCCACGGGCCUCAUCUCCUCGUGGUUCGCCGCCGACAUCAUCCGCGAGGACCGCCCCAACCCCGCGCCCGCCACGUCAUCCAGGCCGUCGGCUCCUCGUCGCGCGAAAGGGCCAGGCCUUUGUCGCCAAGCACAUCCCCCAGGCAUCGCCCACCGUCUACGGCAGCUACGAGGAGGUCUACGCGGACCCGGACGUGGACGUCGUCUACAUCGGCACCCGCACGCGUUCCACAAGCAAAACUGCCUCGACGCCAUCGCCCACGGCAAGAAUGUGCUGUGCGAAAAGGCCUUUGCCCUCAACGCCGCCGAGGCCAGGGUGGUGCUGGACGCCGCCAAGGCCAAGGGCGUCUUCGUCAUGGAGGCCAUGUGGACCCGCUUCUACCCCCUCGUCAAGGAGCUGCAGAAGCUGGUGCACGAGGACAAGAUCCUCGGCGACGUGCACCGCGCCGUGUGCGACUUUGCCCUCGCGCAGAAUAUCGCCUCCCUGCCCGCCGACUCGCGCCUCAAGAACCCGGCUCUCGGUGCCGGUACGCUGCUGGACAUUGGCAUCUACUGCUUGACGUGGGGUCUUCUCGCGCUGGACAGCGGCAUCGGCGACGGCGCUGAGAGGCCGCAGGUUUCGGCGCAGCAGCACUUGGUCGACGGGGUAGACCUUCCUGCGGGGGCCUCGGAGUUCUGCCGCAUCGAGGGCACAAAGGGCACGCUGGUGGUCGAGGGCAUCGCGGCGUCCGCCCCGAACUCGUUCACGGUGAAUUUGGAGGGGCAGGAGCCCAAGACGUACGAGUUCGAGAAACCUGGGUUCGGCUUUUACUUUGAGGCCGACGCCGUGGCGCUGGAUAUCGCGGCCGGGCGCAAGGAGAACGCGACGAUGCCUUGGGCGGAGACGAUUCGCGUGAUGGAAAUUCUGGAUGAGAACCGCGCGAAUGUACCACCGCCGUCGCGCCGUAGCAGCAUGCCAGCCGUGCAGGGCACGCAAAACAAAAUGCGACAACGUGCGGCCGGUGUGCGGGUUUUGCACCAGGACCGGGGCAGAGUGCACCCGCAGUCGGCACCACACGCCCGGGCCCGCGGAGCCGACUCGUGGCUCAAACACCCACCAAUUUUCUCCGGCCCCUCCCUCCGGUGGCAGAGCGAUAGAGUCGCCCCCGGAGAGCUCGCGAUAGAAAAAGACCUUUUCGAAGUUGCGGGGUAUCCGGCCACGCUCAUCAACUCGGAAGCGAUACUGCACUGGCCCAUCUUCGAAGCCUAUCUUGCCCCCACCCCCGAUCCUUCAUCCUCGACUCGGAGAACGGGGAGGCGGAUCACCCGGCUUUGCCGGCAGUUCCUCGCGUACGUGCACAUCAAGAAUCCGGUGCUGGACGUUGCGGAAUUCAAAUGCUACGUCAGGGAGGCGACGGAGAACGGCAUAGGUUGGGAUGGCCCGUCGUGCCUGGUCCUUAUCGCAUGUUCAUUGGGCUGCCUCGGGUCCAGCGACAGCUUUGCCGAAGGCCCCGCGGGCCCAAGCACGCCAAAAGAUGACCAGGAAAUCGACGCCGCCAUGGCAUACUACCGGGCCGCGAAGAAGCGCCUCGGCAUGAUUGAGUCUCCGCUCCUGUCCAUCCAAUGCCAGUUUUUCUGCGGGGUGCUCGAGAUGUUUCUCCUGCGCCCGGUCAAGGCGUGGUCGUAUUUCCACCAAGCUUGCGUCCUGUUUCGGAACUACGUCUGGAUUCGGCGAGCGAGGGACGCCGGGGUCGCGGAGCCGAGGCCGCGGGAGAUACAGCGCCUCGAGCAAAGACUCUACUGGUCUUGCAUGAAGUCCGAAUGCGAGAUACGAUGCGAGAUACCGCUACCAUCCAGCGGGAUCACCCAAUUCGGGUUUCCCGAUAUGUUGCCUUCGCCGCCCUCAGGUAUCGCCCCCAGCCCGCCAGCACACCCCUCGCCCGAGACUCCAUCAUCGCAAUCCCGGCCACUAGCCAUCGAGCCAGAGGAAGAGAAGAGCUGGUUCUACUACCUCGCCGAAGUCUCGUUCCGCAAGAUGAUGAACCGCGCCAUCGCCACCAUGGGCGCCAGCGGAGAGCAAGGGUGGAUCUCGAACGUGCAUGAAAACCUAACGCACUACAAAGCGUUAGAUGAAGAGAUCAACAUAUGGUACUCCCACAUCCCGCCCCCAUCACCAGCACGCCCACCGACCACCCCCAACGAACUCGCCCACUUCAUCCACCACCGCGCUCUCGCCUGCCGCGAAUGGAUCCACCGCCCCUUCCUCUACUACGUCCUCCACCGCGCCCCCGACGACCCGUACAUGGCCCUCGCCCUGCCCCUGGCGCGGGAGUGCCUCGACAUGUGCGUCCGCGGCCAGUUCGCCGCCUACGCCUUCCGCCGGCACCACGGCACCUGGUUCGUCGCGCGCACCACGGCGAUCAGGGCCCUCCUGCUCCUCGCGGCGGCCAAGAGCGGGCGGAUAACACUACCAGAAGGCCAAAUAUCAGCCACUAUGCACUAUAUCCGCUUCCUGCGUCCACCCAAAAUCGAGGUCCAAAAGGGCCAAUCCUCCCUCAGCCUCGUAUUAGUGCUAUCGACGGAUCUAGGCGACGCGCUACUCGCCAGCGAGGCCAACGUGCUCCUCAACCUCUGCCUCUUCACCCAAGGCCGGAACGAUGGCCACACGCUCGAGCCCGGCUUCAAAACCACGCUGACGUGGGAGCGCGGGGCCCGGGUGCUCAAAAAGACGGUGCCCAUCCCUACAAAUUCUUGGAAGCAGCUCCUGAUCCGGCCGGCCGACCUUGCCGUGGCAGCUCGUCAGUUCUCGCAGCUGGUGUCGUGGGCCUCGUCGUCGUCGGCGACGGGCCGUCCGCGCGGGCUCAUCAUGCCGGUCUGGUUCGAUUUCGAGCUGCAGGAGGAAAGCGAGCGGGCCGGGCGUAAAGACGUGUGCCUACGCAAGCUGCAUCUGGUGGGCACCACCGUUUUAGAGUUUGAGGAAGAGUUUGGCGACAGCAUCGCACGCCACGUCUGGGAUGGAGGGCUCGCUGCGGGGAUGCUUCUCGACGAGGGGCCGAUGGACAUUAUCGAGAUUGGGUGCGGUGUCGGUGUUUUGGGCGUCGGACUCUGCGGGAUGCUCGCCGCCACGCGGCAGGAUGCCGGGGUGGGGGACUACCGUGUAGUCAUGACGGAUAUAUCGGAAGCGGAAGAGAGGGCAACUGGAAAUAUUCGGUCGUUCCUCGCGGGCGCGGAGAAGGCGGAGACUAAAACCCCAAAGAUCCGGUACGAAAAUCUGGAUUGGGAGGAUGGGAAAGAGGGCAGCUUUAGCGAAACGGUGGGGUCCCGGGCGUGGAAGCUAGCCAUCAUCAGCGACUGCACGUACAACACCGACACCAUCCCGUCGCUCGUCGGCACCCUCUCGAAGCUUCAAGAGUCGGUGGCGGUGAUUUCCUCGCAGCAACAGCAGCAGCAGCAGCAGCAGUUGCGCGUCUUUCUCGCCACAAAGCCCCGGCACUCGUCGGAACUAGCGUUUUUCGAUCUCAUGCCGCAGUACGGUUGGGAUGUCAAGGAAAAGACUCUCGUUCACCUACUACACACCGGCUGCGUGCCGGACCCGGUGGAACUUUAUCUGUUUGAGAGGCGGUCGUGA